CCGUGGUGCUGCUGCGACAUGAGCAUCAGAAUUUAACUGUCGGCGCUGUAUGUGAUGUUAACAGUCAAAUCGUAAUGGCGACUGCUGGGACAGCAGACUCGGGAUCAACAGCCCCGACAGGCACCAGUGGUAUUCGUAAAAUGGCCCCUGCAGAGAUGCCUGGCUCUUCAGGCACAACUCAGAGUAUGAAGAAGACUAUUGGGCACCGGGGCGUUGAGACCACCACAGGAGAGACCACCUAUAAAAAGACCACGUCAUCAGCGCUAAAAGGAGCCAUCCAAUUGGGCAUUGCUCACACAGUUGGCAGCUUAAGCCAAAAGGCAGAAAGGGAUGUUCUCAUGCAGGAUUUUGUGGUGGUCGAAAGCAUAUUUUUCCCCAGUGAGGGCAGUAACUUGACUCCUGCUCAUCACUACAGUGACUUUCGCUUUAAGACCUAUGCUCCUAUUGCCUUUCGUUACUUCAGGGAACUCUUUGGCAUUCGUCCAGAUGACUACCUGUAUUCUCUGUGUAACGAGCCGCUGAUCGAGCUGUCUAACUCAGGAGCCAGUGGAUCCAUCUUUUAUGUCUCUAGUGAUGAUGAGUUCAUCAUCAAGACUGUUCAACACAAAGAGGCAGAGUUCCUCCAGAAACUCCUUCCUGGAUACUUCAUGAAUAUCAACCAAAACAAGCGCACCCUGCUACCCAAGUUCUAUGGACUGUAUUGUGUUCAGGCAGGGGGUAAGAACAUCCGAAUUGUAGUAAUGAACAAUCUUCUGCCUCGGAUCAUCCCCAUGCACGUCAAAUAUGACCUGAAGGGCUCCACCUAUAAGAGACGAGCUUCCCCCAAGGAGAGAGAGAAGGUCGUUCCCACUCUCAAAGACCUGGACUUUAUCCAGGACAUGCCUGAUGGCCUGCUGCUGGAAGCAGACAACUAUAAUGCCCUAUGCAAGACUAUACAGAGGGACUGUUUGCUCUUGCAGAGUUUCAAGAUUAUGGAUUACAGUCUGUUGUUGGGCAUCCACAACAUGGAUCAUGCCAGUCGAGAGCGGGAACGUGGUGGAGGCAAUUCUGGAGACAGUGGGACAGCGGAGGGAGCAGUGACCCCAGAUCAGCGCCGGCCACAAGCACAGAAAAGUCUUUACUGUACAGCGAUGGAGUCCAUUCAGGGGGAAGCUCGAGGGAAGGGAGCUUUGGAUUCAGAAGACCACAUGGGUGGCAUUCCAUCUCGUAAUUCUAAAGGAGAGAGGUUGCUGAUCUACAUCGGCAUCAUUGACAUUCUCCAGUCUUACAGGUUUAUUAAGAAGUUGGAGCACUCCUGGAAGGCCUUGGUCCAUGAUGGGGACACAGUUUCAGUUCACAGACCUGGAUUCUAUGCAGAGCGUUUCCAGCAGUUUAUGUGCAACACAGUGUUCAAGAAAAUCCCAUUGAAACCAUCACCUUCUAAGAAGAGUCGUAGUGGAGGUCAGGGGGGUCUGAGGAGGGCCCCCACCCUGGGAGCUCCCACCCCGCUCUCCCACGCAACAGGACAGUCUGGCAUCGACUCCAGACUAGUCUACCACAGCCACUUUAAAAGCACAGACUCCGAGGCAGAUGGUGGCAUGCAAUCAGGCAAACCAGAUCUUGUUCCGAGAACCCCUCCACUGGAAAACCCUGCUGACUACCAGGCCAACCUGUCCACCUCAUCGCCUGGCAGCACAGGAAUUGGCUCCUCCUCUCCUCCUCUACGGUCUGUAGGGGUGGAAGUGCACAAAUCAGCAAACACAGACCUUGACCAGGGUUCCUCUCACAGUUUGGAGGCAGAAGGCGCUUUAGGUAAUUCGGGCAACCUGUCUGGAAACGAAGAUGUAGUUUCACUCUCUGACAUUGUCCCUGAGACCAACAUCUGCUUUUAAAAAAAAAAAAAAACAGACAAGUGCCAUCUCAAGAUGAGGCGUUUCUGGACAAGUUGAGACGGGCCGAAUUGAGAACAAAGAGCAUGAAAAUCACCCUUCCAUCACUGACCCUCCGCUGCACCUCCUGGUUUUUUCUCACCUGUAUAGUAUAUACAGGGAUUGCUGGACGAUGCAAUGAGUUGCAGUGGAGGUUGUGACAAUGAAGAAUGCAGUGGUUGGAAGAUCAAGAAGAAGAUGGAGUGCGGUAGGCUUUCCCAGCCAUCAACACUGUCACUGUAUGCACACAUUUGCCCCCCAAUGUCCCAAAGUUUCAAUUGUCUUUAAUAUACACCUCGGAAAACAAGAUUUAUGACCCUGAACUGGCAGCUCUCUAGCACUUCGAAUGAAGUAUCACAUAGAUUUUCACAAAUAUUUUCUCCUGCAACGACACAAUAAACAAAUCGCGUUAGCCAUAGAUAAGACAAAAGCUAAUGUCCCGGUCACCAGUGGGUGGUGAAAGCAGUUGUAUUAUCUAUGAAGAGUCUGCAAAUUGUUUCCAAUUUCAGCAGCAUGAAGCGAUGUGAGAUGGAGCAGGCCCUCGUUCGGCGGGAACAGGUGCACGUGAAGGGUAUAGCCUGCAUUUUUAGGACCGAAUGAUUUCAUGCACAGUCAGAGUGGUUUCACAUUUCUGCGAUGCACUCUCUAGUAUCCCUGUUACCGCACAUGCGUUUUCCCUCAGCACUCCUCAUGAGCAGGGAGCUGUCAGUGGUCAUCAUUCAAAUCAACACUUGCUUCAAUCAUGGAUGCAUUUCUUUUUACUGAUCGUGGAUGGAAUUUUGAGGCUGAGGUUGAAACAGACCCAUACAGCAGUUUUGUUUCACAUUUUGUUAUUAUAAGUUAUUCUGCUGGAAGCUACGGUGGUGCUGCAAAGGUCCAACUUGAUCUUGCCACUGCUGAAUGUACAUUACAUUGUUUUACUUUUGUAGAAUGUGUCUUAUUAACAUUGGCAGACCACAUUUGUACAACCCUGAAAAUCUCCCCCUCUGAUGUGACCAUAUGUGCGAAGAUCUAAAAAAACACAGAGAGAAAGAGCUGUGGACAGGAUCACUGGCCAGUAGAUGCUGUCAUAUGAAGUCAUGCUAUUAAAGAAAUAGAAUAGUGAUAAUUUCCAGCUACUGUCACGUCUGUCAUUUCUGUGCCUUUACGUGUUUGUUCCUUAACAUGUGAUGUAUAACUGUUAUUUUUUUACUGGUUAGUGUUGUAGUCUGCCUUACCACUACAGCUGAAGUUAAUAAACUGCCAUUCAUAUGUCUGGAGCGACCACUGUCAGGGUUUAUAAGAAUUCUAGAUUUGAAUUCAAACACUAGUCCCUUUUGGUUAUGUGUAUUUUGUUCAUCCACUCUCCAGACAUCGGACAGAUAUUUGUCUCUAUACAUUUCUGCUGGUUACAGAAAUGAAACUCACCCACAUCCACUGUUGGACCAAUACUGCUAAUUGUGUGUAUAACUAUUUUUUUUUCUGUUUGUAUCUUUUUCUGUAUGUAGUCUUGCUCCGUUUUUACUCCACUCUCCACGAAAUGAUGGUAUACAUUGCAUACAUAUACACGUUUAUGUUAUUGCUUAGGUCACUAAACAAGCUACUGAUGUGUCUGCCAGUGAGCUUUUUACCCCCUAAGAUAUUUCUGAUACAGAAAUUUGAAUCACUACCAAGUGACUGUAGCAAAACUCAAAAUCUUCCACAUCAUCUCAUCUGAGGAAUUGCUGUUCAUUUUUGUUAGGCACAUGUGGUCUAAGCAGCAGAGAGGGAGAAGGGGAAAUGUGAGUUGUGAAUAUAAAACGAAGGAAACUACUCAUGUUCAUCAAUGCACAGUUUAGGAUUUAGGACUGAGUCUUUUGUAUUAUAAGCCAGUUGCGGCACCAAAGAAAAGAGUAUGGUGUUUAUUUACAUGGAAAUGAAAUGAAACACUCCUGGACACCUGCUUGGAAUGAUAAGUUGUGUGUGGUAAUGACACUGGGUUGACCUGUGUUUUAAGAGUCUAUUAUUAAACUGGAUAUUUUUUUCUUUCUUUUGGGUUAAUAAUGUCAUGUCUAGUAGGCUGUAUCUGACCUAGUCCCUGUAGUAAAGAUUUAUUUGUAUUUAUCAAGGAAUUGGUUUACAUUGUUGCCUGAGACAUUUCAAGAUUUAACUCCACAUUCCCGUGAAAAUCAUGUUAAAUUUACUGCAAAUUGUGGUAGCUCUUAGAACUCAUAAUUUAUGACCUUUGUGUAGUUAGGAUGAUGUACUUUAUGAAAUAUUUCUGGUAUUAUGAUAAAAGAUUGGUUUAUUUCAAAUAAAUUAGUUUUAAAGUCGCAUUUAGUUGGUUGAGAGUUAACCACCAAAGACACUCCAAGAAAUUCUUCCUUAUUAGAUAAAUCCAGAUUAUAUUUUCUAACACCCGCAUUUUGAUAUUUUCUGACCUUAACCUUUUUAUUCUUUUUUUUUUUUGUUAAAUGGGUGGUACUGUGUACUUGCUGGAUGCAGACCAGUUUUGGCACAGUUGUUAUGUACUACACCAUGGCACAAAAGAAACAUCUUCCUUUGGUGCUUAGCGUGCAGCGCCCUCAGUGUAGACACUACAAUAUGUUUGAAGUAAUGCAAUAUGAAUCACGUUGUGACACCUUCCAGCUCUAAGAAGUAUAUUUAUUAACAUGGUUGAUUACCGCAGGCUAUGAUGUUGUAAGUUGUAUUAUGUAUCUUAGACUGAUUGUAUGUAUAUUGUAUACUGACAGAGGGAUGUUUGAAACUUUACAGCUUGAAUUCCCUGUGAAGAGGGGACUAUUUGACAAUUUCACUUUUUAUAUUUUAUGUUUAGAUUGUGAUAUGAUAGAUUCUCUCCAUGAUGAUUAAUGGGUCGUUAGUAUCCCACGCUUUUUCUACAUGAAUGUUUUCACAUGGCUUGCGAGCCAACAUUGCUGGUUGUCCUAUAUGCUUCAAGUACUAUAUUUUUACGGUGUAUAAAAAUGUGUAUAUGUACAUAGGAGUCACGGAAAUGCCUUCUCAUGCAAUAUGUGCUGCCUGUCCCUCCUGCCAUGUUUCAGUUAUGUGGUGGUGAUGUUUUCAUGUCUGAUUUUAAAGGAUUAAACAUAUUUUUUAAAUCUU